AAUAUUUCCUGUCACGUGACAAUUUUGUCAGCUGUGCAGAAAAAAGGGCAAAGAUGGUGAUAUUCAGUGUGUAUGUUGUAAAUAAGGCUGGAGGAUUAAUUUACCAGUAUGACAAUUAUGUACCGAGAGCAGAAGCAGAGAAAACAUUCAGCUAUCCUUUAGAUUUGGUGUUAAAGAUCCACGAUGAGAAAGUUGUUGUAUCAUUUGGUCAACGCGAUGGAAUCCGAGUGGGCCAUGCUUUACUGUCCAUCAAUGGAUUGGACGUCAACGGUAAAUUCACGGCAGAUGGGAAGGAGAUCAUCGAAUACUUGAAAGACUCAACAAACUAUCCGUUGUCCAUACGGUUCGGAAGGGCUCGCUUGAGCUCCAAUGAAAAACUGAUGCUGGCUUCAAUGUUUCAUUCGUUGUUUGCUAUUGGUUCACAGCUGUCCCCUGAAGUUGGCAGUACAGGAAUUGAGAUGCUGGAGACGGAUAUGUUCAAACUGCACUGCUUUCAGACACUCACUGGGAUAAAGUUCAUUGUGCUGGCAGACCCCCGACAGUCUGGCAUUGAUGCACUCCUGAGGAAGAUUUACGAGAUCUAUUCAGACUUCGCCCUCAAGAACCCCUUCUACUCUUUGGAGAUGCCUAUCAGGUGUGAACUCUUUGAUCAGAAUUUGAAGGGUGCAUUGGAGAUAGCAGAUAAAGCUGGUAACUUUGGACCUGGAUCUUGAGUAGGAACAAGGAUGAAUUGCUCCUGAAAUGUUGUUGUUGAACCAAUCAUUGAAUUGUGUUUUAUGACUGGGAAGCUACAGUACAAGCAUAUGGGUCAAUAUGUCUCCAAGCAGUGCUGCUAUUUCAGAACUAAUGUUGAUUUUUUAUUUAAAUUUUACCUUUAACUAGCAAUUCAGUUAAGAGCAAAUUCUUAUUUUACAAUGACGGGCUACCCCGGCGAAACCCGGACGACUCUGGGCCAAUUGUGCUCCGCCCUAUGGGACUUCCGAUCGCGGCUGGUUGUGAUACAGCCCGGGAUCGAAUCAGGGUCUGUAGUGAUACCUCUAGCACUAAGAUGCAGUGCCUUAGACCGCUGCCUUAGACUGCUGCGCCACUCAGGAGCCUUGAUUAACUUGUAUAUGAUAAGAAUAUGUUCUACUGGGAUACAAUGUAAAUACAGAUUUUAAUUUUUUUUUGUACAUACUUUAAGAAUAAACACCACUAUGUAAUGUU